AUGGCCUCGAACAUUUACCCUCACGGAGAACUAGAGUUGAACAUUUUAUUUCCUGAAAAUGAGAGUGAAAAUGAUGAAAUCACCUUGACACAGGAGGCCGACGGAUGCCGGAGGAAAGGCAGCGGCGGAGCGAUGCCGCGUUGCGGUAUCGUCGCCCGCGAGACGGACAGCUGGCGGCCGAAUCCCGCCGCGCUCAUCGCCGCUUCGCGAACAUUUAUUUCUUUCUGA